AUGGACUCUCCAGCUACGAGUUUUGAGUCGACUCAGAACUCCUCUCCAACUAAGCAUUUCCUAUUUCCCUCCCUCUAUCCCUUUCUCUCCCCCCUCCUCCCACCAGCUAUCCACUCUCGCCAUAACGCCCCUCAUGGCUCUACUCGUGCUGCGCUUGCCACUGCUGCCACGAGAGCUGCCCACAGGUCUUGCGCUCUUCUGCUGCAUGCCUGCCACCAUCACCGCAGGCAUCUCUCUCGCACGGGUAGGCACAGCGCGGGAAUUGUAAUGGCUCAGCACGGAAAUAGGGAUGGUUUUAUCACAGUAGAGUCGACUAACAUUGUCUUCUCAGUUGACACGGGUAUCGUCGCUUCUGCUGCAUGCCUGCCUGAAACCAUCAACGCAGGAAUCUCACUUGCACGGGCAGCGCAUGCCAACACAGCACUGGCUCUCGGCCUUACUGUCGUCACCAACACUGUUGGCAUACUCACUAUGCCUCUACUCCUGUCAACGCUCGUUCCAGCCAGUGAGGGUGUGUCGGUACCAGCAGGGCCGUUGUUACGGGGACUGGUUACCACUCUGCUCGUUCCCCUCUUCAUAGGCAUGGCAGUGCGACGAACCAUCCCAGCUGUUGCCACGUGGGCUGAUCAGCGCAAGCAGCUACUCUCAAUGGCCAACAACGCCAUGCUCUCAUUCGUACCCUGGAUGCAAGUCAGUUCCGCCCGAGCGGCGAUUCUUCGUCUCGACAUGACACAGCUGCUACCCAUUGCUGCUGCGGGCAUAGCCGUCCAUCUGUCCUUCCUGGCACUCAACAUGGCAGUGAUGGCGGCCCUGAGGCGAAUAACCCCUCCCCUUCCCAUUCAAGAGGCCAACGCUGUCGAUAGAGCCGUCAUCAUCCUCUCCAGUCAGAAAACCCUUCCCGUGGCUGCAACAGUGGUGGAGAAGAUUGGAACACUCAUGGGAGAGCCAGCAUUGGUCCUGCUGCCAUGCAUCCUCACCCAUUUCCUCCAGAUAUUUAUUGACUCGCUACUUGUCAACAAAUGGUUGAUUGAUGAUAGGGAGCGUGACACUGCCGCGCUUGCUAAGAAAAUCGGCGCAUUGUAUAAGAGAAGGUGCCCUCUGCAUUCCUACUCGUCAUCCAUUAGUGGGGCCGAUUUCCAAAUUCACCUCCUCACUCUCGAAUUUCUUCUUUCCGAAUUCCCUCCCGAGUCCUGCCACGGCGGCCUGUCGUACGACUACUACGCGUCCACGUGCCCCAAGGCGGCGGAGAUUGUCGCGGCGCGCGUGUACCAGGCGUACAAGAACGACCCCGCCGUCCCCGCGCCGCUGCUGCGCCUGCACUUCCACGAUUGCUUCGUCCAGGGCUGCGACGCGUCCGUGCUCCUCGAUUCGACGGAGGACAACAAGGCGGAAAAGGAUUCGGAUCCCAACGCCACGCUCGGCGCGUUCGACGUGGUUGAUGACAUCAAGGACCAUCUCGAGGCGGAAUGCCCCGGCGUCGUGUCUUGCGCCGACAUUCUCGCUCUCGCCGCUCGCGAAGGGAUUCACCUGGCCGGCGGUCCUUUCACGGAGGUGCCUCUGGGUCGUCGCGACGGGCUGACGUCAUUCGCGCUCGCCGCGGAAACAUUCCUUCCGGGAUCCACGCUCAACGUGUCUGGCCUCGUCCACAACUUCAACACCGUCGGCCUCGAUAUGACCGACGUUGUGACUCUUAGCGGAGCGCACACUAUCGGGGAGGGCCGCUGCGUGAGCCUGAAGAAUCGCCUGGAGCAGGACGACCCCACGAUGGACCCGGAAUUCGCGGCGUACGUGAAGCAGAAGUGCGGCACGACCAACAUUGACCCCAAGGCCAUGAUUGACAACGACUAUGCUACACCCAAGAAGUUCGACAACCAGUACUACAAGAAUCUCCUCGCGCACAAGGGUCUGUUCACCACCGACCAGGCUCUCAUUUACGACGACAAGACGGAGAAGGCAGUGAAGGCCUUCGCGCACGCCAAGAGCACGUGGUUCGACGCCUUCCCCAAGUCGCUCGUGAAGAUGGGCGUCAUUUCGCCGCUCACCGGCACGCAGGGCGAGGUCCGCCUCAACUGCCACGUGCGCAACACCUACUAG